AUGCAGAGCCUCAUCAGCCGACGCAAACACUUUCCCCUCAACCAAAAUCAUCAGAGCAACCUCAUACAACCCGACACCCAUCGCCUCAAAGUUGCCAUCGAUUUUGGGACCACGACUUCCUCCAUUUGCUAUGACAAGGUUGCCAGUGUGGAACCAUUGCAAUCCCGCAAAGUAGCCCGGAAUGUGCUCUGCAAUCCAUAUGAACCGGCAGGCCACAGAGUGCCGUCGACCGCUGUUGUCCAUGAAGAUAUUGCCAGUGAUGGGCGCAAGAGAUUGGUGCUGAAGUUUGGGGAGGACCUCGAUGCUGGCCGUUCUCAUGGCGUCCUUGCUGAGAUCACGUUGAUGAAGAUGUCGCUCCUACCUCUCUAUCUUGAGAAGUCAUCGGAUCGGCUCACGGCGAACAUGCUCAAUUCUCUCAAGUCCCGCCACCAAGAUGCUCUACGCAAGAUUCAGUUCGAGGCCGUGACCAGUGAUAUGUAUACACAAGAUCCUCUCACGGGCCAGUUCAGACUCUGCGUUGUCAACUCAAUGGAGGACUUGAUCACCUUGUUCUUCGAGUUCCUUUGGCAUCUCACUAUGAGACACUGUGCCGCAGAGUAUGGCAUCGGAGUGGAGGACGUAACGAGUCUGUUUCACGAAAGUGUCGACGUCGCCAUUUCUGUUCCAUCAAUUGGAUCUGAUGAUUCUCCUAUGGGGAAUUACCAACAGUUGUUGAACAAGGCUGGAUAUCCCAAGAAUACCUGCAUCCUUUUCGAGGGAAAAUCGGCCGGAUUGUUUCAUCUCGUCACAGAACGUGGGGGCGAAAAUGACAGACUGGAUCAGGUGGAACGCCAACCCGCUUUCAUCAUUGUUGAUAUUGGCGGUGGAACAACUGAUAUCUGCUCCGUCCGCCCAUGCGAGAUCAACAACGAAACUGUUAUGCUUGGGUCCAGCCCCGGACUUAGCGUUGUUGAUGGAUCGCUCAAGCUCAAUGAAAUGUUCAAAGAGCAUUUGCGGCAGAAAUUUCCAGAAGGCUUGCUCCGAUAUAUGGCGGAAUUCCUUGGAACUGAGUCCGACCUGCUGGAUGCCUUUGCGGCAGGCUUCGAAUUCCAUAAGAGAGAUACCGGCACUGACAUGAACGACAUUGAGAUCCAGCUUUAUCGCGGCGCCCUCAAGCCAACGGAAGAGCUUUGUCGCGAUACCUUCGAACUCACUAGAGACGGUCUUGUUUUGCGAAAUUUCAUGUUGCGCAGACUGUUCGAUAUGUGGCUAGACAAUAUCUUUCACCUUGUGGACAAGGAGGUGCGGAACGCUCGGCUCUACAAUUCCGAAGUGCAAUCUGUCACAAUUUGUCUGGCUGGUUGGGGAAGUCGGCCCCCCUACGUCCUCGAGGCCUUCGGAAACCGUUACCGCCAACAAGGAACCAAGGUGGUGAUGGUUCAAGACCUUGACCAGAGUCCGGCGGUCGCCCAAGGCAAUUUCCUGUCUCUUGCAAGCCAAAUGGUUAUCCAGAAAAAGGUCGCCCGGGCGACAUUUGGCACUCGUCUUCACAUCUCGAGCAGCUUCCGCCACGUUGAUACCCAUGGUACACAGCGGGUGGUCCACCAGGGUACGGACUUGGAGGACCCCCGCCAGCAAUCGUCCCUGACAAGAACGGUCGUUACCGAGAACCCAGUUUUCCCGUUAACCUUAAAAUUUGACAUCAUGUCGGACACCGAAUUCCAAUGGGUUGAGAACGAGGGCACGGUCCAGAUUGAGUUCGAGAGUUUGGGAAGCUGCGGCUUCCGCCUCGAACAACGUGGCGAUGGCGUAACAGUCCUGAAGGUGCAAUAUUCUGUCCAUGUCUGUUAUCGAGGGAUGGUCAGCAUAAUGGUCCUGACUGUGCCUCACACGGGUGAUUUUGACAACACCGAAAGAAACAGAAACCUCGACAUGAUUGCAUCCCAACCAAUCAACAUUCAGAAGCAUGCAGCAAGAAUGGACAACAUCGAUGACCCUUAG